GACAUUCACUCCCAAUAAUUUCCCUGGCCAGGUUUGGGUCGGUGGCGUGUGGCGUUGGCAAGGAGCUCUACGUGUUUGGCGGAGUGAGAAGCAAAGAGCAAGAAAACCCAGAGCAAAGGCAGAUGAUGACCUGCAAGUCUGAGUUCUACCAUGACGAGAUGAGGAGGUGGAUGUUCCUGGAUGAUCAGACCCUGUGUAUCCAGACCAGCUCCUCCUUCGUUUAUGGGGCUGUGCCCAUCGGAGCCAGCAUCUAUGUGGUUGGAGACCUGGACACCGGAACAAGUUUUGACUACAUCAGGGAGUUUCGCCGCAGUACUGGGACGUGGCAGCGCACCAGACCCAUGUUACCCAGCGAUCUCUCCAAAACAGCGUGCGCAGCCCUGCGCAUCGCCAACUGUCGACUGUUCCGCCUGCAGUGGAGCCAGGACAUGUUCCGGGUCCGAGUGUGACCCUGUUGGGCGCCACACUCCACUUUUGCACGCUGCUUCUGUCUACCUGCUGUAUGUCUGGGAUUGGGGAUUUUAAGAACACUAAAGUAUUAUAUUGGCUAGAGUUGAGGGUUGUGACUCUCAGUUCACGGGCUUAUACGAGAAUGGGACACAGGAUAAAAGUUCAUCUUUUUGACAUCAUAGGUUUAAUGGCUUUUUUUAUAAACCUUUAAUAUUUUUUGCUUUUAAUUGUGGGAAUUGCUUCAUAUUGUAAUGGACAUUCCUCAUCAGUAAUGUUAACUGGUGAACUGUUGCUUGGUGAGGGAUCAAACAACAAACAAUUAUUGAUAAACUGCUACUUUAUUACACAAGGGACUUUAAAAUAAGUUAUAAAAGUGCUGUGUUACAAUUUGAGUUUUAGGAUGUAUUAUGUUUUUCAGUCUUGUAUUGUCCAUCUUUCUGGUCAAUCAUUAACAUACAUAAUCAUUUGACCUAAUAUUUGUUACAACUGCAGUGGAGGUAUAAAUGCUAUAGUAAUAUAAAUCUUUAAGGGGAAGGCGGACUUUGGUGUCGGUCCCUGACAAUCAGAGAGAACUGUGGUCGUUGCAUAAAAUAACAAUGAUUUUGUGGGUUCGUAGCAUGGCAACACUGUGCGAGUUGACUAAUAAAAUAUUGGUCGUAAUCUGUCUA